AUGUUCGAAUUUUUGACUACUUCUUUUUUAAGAGCUCGUGCAUUACUGGACAAAAUGCUUCGAGUUGAUCACGCAGGCGAGUUAGGGGCUGCUUAUAUUUAUAAGGGACAGCUAGCGGUUCUUCGUGGCCGGCCAUCUGGCCAUUUGAUUGAGCAUAUGCUUGAACAAGAAAAAGGACAUCUCUCCAAAUUCGAGGAGCUCAUUCCCUUAAACCGGGUUCGGCCAUCAGUACUGAUACCAAUCUGGCGGACUGCUCCUUACGCUUUAGGACUUGUCACAGCACUUAUGGGCAAAGAAGCUGCAAUGGCUUGUACUGUUGCUGUAGAAUCUGUUGUUGGAAACCAUUACAACGAUCAAAUUCGUGAACUUCUUGCCGCAGACCCCGCCGCUCAUGCCGAGCUUCUCCAGAUUCUCAAACAAUUUCGGGAUGAGGAGAUGGAACAUCAUGAUGCUGCCCUCGGCAACGACGCCGAACUGGUAUAUUGCAUAUUUUGA